AUGACAGGGGAAUGGGAUGAGGAUUUCGUCAUAAGACGCAUCCCACCCAGAAAUGCUACACAAUCCAAAGAGAAAUUGGCCAGAAAUUGCCAGGAGGACUCCGACCGAACGCCGGCCCUGGCUUCCUGGGUGCCCCAACACCUCCCAGACGUGCCAGUGCCGAUGCCCGCCUCGUCCUGGGCCUCGCCGCUCCGCGUCCCCCUCCCGGAACCCAUCAACGACAAGGAGAACGAGCCUUUGGAACUGCCACCACACAUCUCCACCAUGAUCGAGCAGUUUACACGCGUGGAGGAAGCGACGCCUUUCUUGCCACCGCCGGGGCUAGCAGCCGAGCAACCACUCGCAGGCCCCAAGACCAUGGCCAAGAAGCCCGUCUUGCCCGAGAUCGACCUGCCACCCGGCAUCAAGAUCUUCGGCAACUACGCUGGUUCUGUGUGCACCCGCGUUGAGUGGAGAAUUGACGACCUCAACGGCAAGCUCCAGGCUAGCAUGGGCAGGCCGCUGGUUUCACCUCCCUUUGCGGCCUUGGGCUUACCAAACCUUCGCUUGAUGGUGUUCCCCGAUGGGCGUGAGACCAUGAAGAAUGCCCGGAGCAGUGAACGCAAGGGCCUCUACACCCAGAUGAUCAAGAAAGGCCCCCUCCAUGCCUCUCUCAAGCUCAAGGCCGACUGCCUCCAGUGCGCCACGGUAAUGACCGUGAAUCUCCUCGUCGGCCAGGUGCGCGCAGGGCCGUUGGUCUACGACUUCUCAGAGCAGGCGAUCCACGGCUUGGACGACUUGGGAGUGGAUUGGUUGAAGCAGGUGGACAAGGGCAAUGGAAGCCUGACAGUAGGAAUUGAGAUUCUUGACGUGCGCCCCCAGCCUUGA